AAUGAUAAAUAAUGAACAAAAGAUAUUUAAUUAACUGAGAGUGUGCACUUUCCAGAGAAAAGUUAAACUCUAUGAACCUGCUGCUUUAUAUGGCACCCAUGGCAAUGUUGGUCUUGCUUCCUGCAACAUUGUUGAUGGAGAAGAAUGUGAUUCAAAUCACAAUAGAUGUAGCAAGAAAUGAUAUCAGAAUUAUAGGUUUUCUGCUCUUCAGUUCUUCUCUUGCAUAUUUUGUCAACCUAACCAAUUUUUUGGUGACAAAACACACAAGUGCAUUGACUCUUCAGGUUUUAGGAAAUGCAAAGGGGGCAGUUGCAGUGGUGGUCUCAAUUUUGAUUUUCAAGAAUCCAAUUUCCAUGAUAGGAAUGUGUGGUUAUGCCUUCACUGUUCUUGGAGUUAUCUUAUACACUGAAGCCAAAAAGAGAUAUAGUUAGUUAAAAAAAAUAAAAAAAAGGAAGGUAUAGUUGAAAAUAAAAGACUACAAAUUAAAAUUAAUUACCAAGAUUACUUAUCAGAGCAUAAUAUAUAUAUGAUUAACCAACCACAAGCAGGAGUGAGGACCAUCAACUUUGUGCAUUAGCUAGUGGCAAUAACGUGUGAUUUUAUUUAGUUAAGAAAUUGAAACUUCGUUUCUAACCC